AGCAGCAAACCAAACCAAUCUCGAGUCGCAAGAAGUUCGUGCCGUGCGUGUUUUCCGUCGUCGUCUGCGUCUUGGUCCGUUUCGUUUCCUCGAAAUUGAAUAGCGUGUCACCGUCGGGAAGCCGUUUUCCGUCGCGAAUCGCGUACCGAAGUGCCUUCCGCAGUGGGUUCCGUUUCCGGCGUGGGAUGGGGCCGCCGAUUUUGGGUGUUUUUUCGGCGUAAAAAGUGAACAGAAAUUUUCUCGGGGGUGUAGUUUUAUUUUUUGUUCUUUCAUUUCGUGUGUUGGGGCUAGGCUGAAGAAGAAGAACAAACGGAGCAGUGGUGGAAGAAGUUUGAACGGUGGAGUGAAGAAGAUAGGGAUAUAGUUGCCUCUCUGGUGGACAUCACAAACUUUGAUAGUUGCUUGUGUUGGUGUAGCAGACGCGUGUUGAAUGUGUUGAUAACCCAUCCGAUAUCGCCAGCGAAACCAGCCAGCAGCACAACCAGAAGCAUGAUGACUACACCAGCCGCCGCCGUCGUCGUCGUUGGGUGAUGUGUGAUGGUAAAUUUUCCCCGAGAUUGUGCUACUCCACCCCCUUGACCACCCCCGCCGUCAACCCACCCACCAAACGAAGUUCAGUGUGGUGGUGUUUAUUUCCGUGUAAACAGAUAAACACCGAACCGAAAGUUCCACCAUCAUCAUCAACAGAAGAAGCAGCAGCAGCCAGAAAGGCCAGCAGCAAUUUCUCUCUAGUUGUUCCCUGCCGGAGGAGGAACAUACGUGUCUGCGUUUCGCCGGAAUGGAUUCGAAGCAGCAGCAAUGGGAGUGGUAGUGGUGCGGGUUCUCCGGAAUGGGCUGGCUGCAUCACGACAACGACAUCAGCGACGACUACACCGUCCAACAAUUACUCAGCGAGUGCUGUAGAAGUGACAAUGAGUAUACGUAGUGAGUGUGAUUUGCUAUAACUGAGCGAUUCAGGAUUGGAAUUUCGCUAGAGAAAUUGAAGAAACGGGUGGAUUUUGCACCCUCCUCACCAGUCCCCAGCAGCAGUGUGCGACGGGAGGGUCCUCCCCAAGCCGAUUCCAAGAAGAAUGUUGAAUUUUUAAUGUCCUAUUUGUACUGGGGGUAUCCAGAAGGAAGAGUGCGAAGAAGUGGGGGUAGCCCAUCCCCCCCUCCGUGGAUUAGUAGCGGAAGCGAGUGUUGUACGUUGACGGAUUAUCGCCCGGAUGUUUCGUUUGAUGGAGGUGAAAAUGUAGACCACAAAGUGAAAUUUUCCGAUGAUCGCCUCCGACAAUUAUUAGCCUCCCUCUCCAUCUCCAUCCCCCCUCGGGUGGAAAUCCGAAGCGGAGAUAUCGAAAAUAAGCGAAAUUUAUAUGUAGGAAGAAAAAUGUUGUGCGAGCGCAAAUGAGUAAGAUGUGAAAAAAGUUAUAUGAAGAAAGAGAUGUAGAAGCAAAAAAAUAUUGUAGAGUGAGUAUCCGUGUGUUGUCUGGCUGGCCACAACCAGCACUGGAGAAGAUUUACGCGCAGUUGCGAUACGAGAAAACGCGUAACGUGUGUGUUGGGAAGUGGAAGGAAAAGCCGUGAGCCAGUAGAGUUAUUAGUGUGAAGGAAUGGAGAAAAAAUAAAUCCAAGUGGAAAAAAAGAGUUUUUUGUGCCUCAAAGUUUAUUCGGGUUUCGGGGGUUUUCCCCGGGUUGUCUUAAACCCCCAUCUUUCAAAAGUGUGUCCGUACCUCCAAGUGUGUACCCAACUAUACAGAGUGUUAGAAGAAACAAGAAGAAGACCAACCCCUCCCCCCUAAGAAAAAAGUGCAUCCAGUGUACCAAUCGAAAUCCCAAUUACAACAACCCGACCAGCCGUAAAUAAUUCCGUGGAAUCUACGGUGGAUUGAAACUGCGAUUUCGCUUUCGUGCUGUUUUUUCACUGUUUCGGAACCGGAUUUCAGCUGAGUUGUGCCCCGUGCGCUGCCUUUUUUAAAUGGAUAACAAUAUACCGUCGUCUGGACCGACUGAAAGGUCGCCAUUGCAUCAUCACCACAGCCGUACCUCGUCCAACAGCAGCAGCGUCAGCAACAACAAUCUGAACGGCAACUCGACGGCAGUCCACCACCAUCAGCAGCGACAGCAACGACCUCAAACACUGACCCCAACUCGGGACUCGCCGAAGAACGCGCCGGUGCCAAUGUUGACACUGGUGCUCACCGUUAACAAGGAUGCCAACGGGUACGGGAUGAAGGUUUCCGGUGAUAAGCCGGUGUUCGUGGAAAGCGUCAAACCGGGUGGCGCAGCGCAGAAGGCCGGUCUGAUGGCCGACGAUAUGAUACUGAAGGUUAAUGGAACAUCUGUACGAUCGUCGACGCAUACGAACGUGGUGGAGUUGAUCAAAGCUUCCGACAUAGUUGAACUGACGGUGCAGCGAAGCCACAACAGAAUGCAGCGGCCAUCGCCUUCGACCACAUCCAUCACGCCGACGACGCCAAUUGCGCCCCGGAACUCCAUCACCGCCCCGGUUCCCGUUGAUUUCGCCAAGCAGCGCGAGAUGGAGGUGCAAAAGAUGCGGACCCUGCGGCUGAUGCUGGAGCAGGAGAAGAAGAACCGGGACAAUCUGAUCGCCAGCAACAAACAGGGCACACCGGAAUGCAUCCGGGCGGAAACCAACAUCAAGAAGCUGCAGGAAGAGCUGACCCAGGUGGGCGGAGAGGAUGCCUCAUAUCCACCAUUUUCAUCCGCCACUUCACCACUCUUUCCGCAGCCCCCGCCACAAAACACUUCCACACCGGCAUUCCUAUCCCGUUUCCCUCGAUCACUGUCUUCUCUGAGUCUUGGAACGAAAAAGAAAUCCAUCGACAAAGACACCGGCGGAAACCUGCACAUAGGUUCGCCGCAGAUCACCGGCCAUCAUCAUCCCUCGGUGGGAACACCGGAAUGUCUGAGUCCGGUCAGUCCCGGAGCUCAUCCGAACCACAGUGGGGGGCCCUUCGGGCACGGGUUGAACUCAUCGUCGGGUAGUACUGGAACCCCCUCCAAGAAGAAGUACAGCAGUAGCAAUGUAUCGGACCGGAGUCACAAAAGCCAACAGGACACUCCGCCUCCGUUGCCCCAGAGAAACAUUCCAAAACGAUCGGAUUCGUCGCUGGAUUCGGUCGACACCGUCGGAUCCCGAAGGAACAUCGUGGUAUCCGAUUUGGACCAUUCCGUACUAGGCGCCGCCAACCCCGGAAGCGGUAAAGCUAGCAACAGCAACAACUCCGGAAGCAGUAAACCUGGAAAAUCCAAGCGUAAGAAGAACGGUAACCUAGGGGAGAUGAAGGCUGAGCAAACGACGAUGUACCAUCACGGUACGGAACGAGGGGGAGGUGGGGAGUUACAGGCAGAACCCCCACCGUUACCACCCCGGCAGCCCGGCAUGAUGGAAGUCAAUCAGAACAUCAUUCUGAACAAUGACAACAUUGCCUUUGGCGGUCAGAAUUGCAACAACAGCAAUAACCCCAAUGGGAACAACAACAACAGUCGGGUCAACAGCCCAGAUAUGCGACCGCCCCCGAACAGUAUUAACACGCUGAUGAGCUAUCCCCUGAUUACCACUUGCACGCCGGUACGGGACAGCAUGGCCGCAGCGUUCCCCCUGUCGCACAGACCCAACAUUGUCCACCAGAUGCAGCAGCAUCAACAGCAAGCCGCUUUGAAUGCGACCCCGCAGUCGGCCCACAUCAACCAGUCCAUCAACAAGAAGCACCGUCGGAUAGUUUCCUCUCCGGAGAACAUCAGCUCCAAAGACUUUGGCGACCAUGCGACGUCCGGUUCGCUAGUGCCCCGUCACCAAAAAACCUCGUCCGACUCGUGGGACAAACGGUCGCAGGAAAUAACGCCCCCUGGGACACCCCCGCCUCCAUAUCUGAGCUCGUCGAUGCUCGGCAGUGGUGUUGGUAGCGGACAUUUGCACCACGAUCACACCACUGCCGGCGAUUUGGCAACAUCCAACGAGAACCUCCUGCAUCAUCAACCACAUCAGUACCAGAGGCCGGCUCCGGCGAUUGCCCAGCAGCUUUCCGGAGCCGCCACUACUACCAUAGUGGCCGCCCAAGCCAACGUGGCCCAGAAGCCGAUCAUCUCGAUGGAGGAUGACGAAAUCUCCGAUCAGGAGAGCUUCAUCGAGGAGCACGGUCCGUUCCGGUCGUUGGCACAGCUACUGGAACCGGCCCACUCGGCCCACCUAGCAGUAUUUCUAAAUUUCGUACUUUCCAACUCGGACCCGUCGCCGUUGCUGUUCUACUUGAUCACUGCGCUGUACAAGGAGGGCAGCAUCAAGGAUAUGCGCAAGUGGGCGUACGAGAUCCACUCGACGUUUCUGGUUCCUGGGGCGCCCCUCCUGUGGUCCAACGUGGACGAAUCGUUGGCCCGCGAGAUUGACGACAUUCUCCAGAAGGAGAACGACAAGGUGGAAAUCUUGCGGAGGGUAUUCUACAAAAGCCGCAACAAAGCGCGGGAUUACAUCAACACCCAGCUGCAGGAGUUUCAGGUGAAACGAACCGCUGGCCUCGGGACGAUGUACGGCCCCACGGACCAACAGCUACAGAACGCCAAAGGUGACAAAGUCAAAGAGCAGCGGAUAGUGGAGGAAACGCUGCUACCGAAGCUGCAACAGUAUUUGGAGGAAAUCGAGAAGGAAGCGCCUAAGGAGUGCCCAAAGAAGCUGGCUCUGUGUGCGGCGCUGUCUACGGUGUUGCAACGGUUUUUCGUGACGCGACCCAACACGGGUAGUCCGAUCGAUAAGGUGCACCACUUUGUCAGUCGGGAGAAGAGCUUCAAGAGCCGGCUGAUGACGAAGCACCGCAAGCAGGACAUCCUCGGGCACAACCUGCGGUUGCAGCCGUACUACGAGGUGACCCGGUGUAACCACUGCCAGAACAUUCUCUGGGGUGUGAGUCCGCAGGGUUAUCAUUGUUCGAAUUGUGAGCUGAACAUCCACCGAGCCUGUGCCAAGGAUCUGAAUGAAUGUUGUCCGGGACCAACGCCGCUGAAAAACGAUAGCAGUAAAAUUACAAAGCUGAUGGAGAAGAUAUCCAGCCGGAACCAUCAUCAAGCCGAUCGAACGCGAAGGCAUGACGAUGAUGGUGCCGGCGAAGACGGUUUGGGAGUCGAUCGUCCCACCAGUAUAUCGCUGGCCCGGCAACCAUCCGACCGGAGGCAAGACUUCAACAACAGUAGCUACCUGGGCGGAAAUGUUAGUUCCUACACCGACUACCUUAGCAAUUCCACCGGUGAUCCGGACACCUUCGCGCCAGGUGGCGAUAACGAUCAGUUUAGAGAAAGUGUCAAAUCCAAAUCGGCUCCGGUUUCGGUCAAUCGGUCCGAGUCGUACAAGGAGCGCUCGCAGAAGAAAACCCGCAAUACCCGCCGGAAAACGUCGGACCCCAGUCUGACGAAAACGACUGACGAACAGAACGAGGCCUCAUCGCUGAUUAACAACUACUCCAGCAGUUCCACAUCUAGUCUUCCACUUGCGCUGGACAGCAGGUCGACCUCGCUCGAGGCGGUCGGCCCGACGGGAGCCUCGGCUGGUCCAGGUGCUCCCCCGGGUUCAGCGGUCCAAUGUUCCAACACUUCGGCCAACAGUUCGGGUCUGUUCGGUUCUCCCGGCGGGGCCAAUGUGGCCAACCUGAGUGCGUUCGGCGGCGGUGGUCCGACGAUAUUGCCCACGGCUCGCGAAUGGGUCGACAGCGAGGACGAAGGCACUGUCGAGCUAGAAGUCGACUGGAGUUCCAACAUACCGGCGGACAUACUCGCCAGCCUCUGUGAUGCCGAAAAGAAACGACAGGAAGUGAUAAAUGAAAUUUACCAAACCGAGCGAAAUCACGUGCGGACGCUGCGGUUACUGGAGGGCAUCUUCAUGCGGUCCCUACAGGCGGAACCCUCGUGCAACGACCUGCUGCAGCUGUUGUUUCCGCCCUCGUUGCGGAAACUCCAGGAGCUGCACAGCACCUUCGAGGGCUAUCUGAAGCAACGGCGGAUAGAGCACAGCAACAUCGUGCGGGAGACGGGCGAUCUGCUGCUGUUGAUGUUCGAAGGUCAAUCCGGCGAGGACCUGAAGGAGCACGCUGCCUAUUUUUGCGCCCGCCAGCAGAUCGCCCUGGAAGCGCUCAAGGAGCGGCGGAAAAAGGACGACAAGCUGCAGCAGUUGCUGAUCAAGGCCGAAUCGCACAAGGCCUGCCGGCGGUUACAGCUGAAGGACCUGCUUCCGACCGUGCUGCAGCGGCUAACCAAGUACCCGCUGCUGUUCGACAACCUGUACAACUUCACGAUGCGCGUCCAGCCGGACAACGAGCAGGAGGCGCAAGCCAUCCGGAAGGCUCUCGAAUCCUCCAAACGGAUACUGGAACACGUCAACAAGGCGGUCCGGACUGAGGAGGACAACCAUAAGCUAAUUACCAUUCAACGUAAGUUAGACCGAAGUGGGUUAGAUAAGGACGCUCCUAGUGAAUUUAAGAAUAUAGACUUAACUGUACGUAAACUUAUCCACGAUGGAGCGUUAACGAUGAAGAAGAAUCCAGGGGUGCAAUUGCAUGGACUGUUAUUCGAAGAUAUGAUGGUUUUACUACAAAAACAGGAUGACAAAUACCUACUCAAGUACCACUCUAGUCCCGGUCUCGGCGGUAGCGAGAGCAAAAUCACCGAGGGCCGCUUCAAUCCGAUCACCAAAACCAGCCUGAUACUGGUGCGGCAAAGUGCCGUCGACAAAAACACGUUCUUCCUGAUCAACACGAUCAUGUCGCAGAUGCUGGAGCUGACCGCACCGAGCAGCACCGAGUGCAAAGCAUGGUUCCGACACAUAUCGGAAGCAGCCGACGCGUACAAAUUGCGUAAAGGAGCACACGACUACAGCGAGGACACUUCCGGUGUCCACGGUCAGCAGCCAAAGGAUAGCUUCGAAACGGUCACCGAGACGCAAAAGAUCGAACAGACCUCGACGCCGAUCGAUCGGUUAGAGCGCAAAGACAGCAGCCAUCAGUGUCGAGCCGUCAGUACCAGUGGAGGACCUAUCGGAAGCCAUGCAGGGGGACACGCAACGGUUCCCAACAGUCACGUCAGCGUUGGCGGUGGUGGCCUUAACAACAAUGAAGAUUCCCUGCCCAACAAAAACCAUCACCGGACGGCGGCAGUGGACGAGAACGAUGACAACGUCGAGAAUGAGGAGAAGGAGUUGAUCAAACGGCAAAGUCUGCUGGCGGCUCAAGAUGUGCCCAGCGAUGACGACCGGCCCAAGGACGAAGCAGACGAACAGGGUGGUCAACAGCAGCGGGGUCGAGGGGGGGUCGUGAAUAACACGCGAACCCUGACGCAGCAGUGUUCGCUGGUUGCCCCCGGGGAGAUCCACGUCAGUGUCAGCAGCGCCCUGACCGCCGAACCGGUAUUGACACCUUCAGAAAAACUUCGCCGCCUUGACUUGGCCAUCCGGAAGACGCUGGUCGAGAAGCAGCGGGUCGUAUGUGAUAUGUUCAAAGUGCCGGAUGAGCACUUCCUGGCGAUCGCGGACAUCGCCGGUCAGCCGGAAGCGCCCCAAAAGGAACCGACCGACAUCAUUCUGGCCGCCUUUUCCCACAUCCAAUCGUUGACGGACGUUCUCAACGAGCACAUGCGGGUCACUCAGAGCCAGGAGAUCUCGGCCGUCUCCACGUCAGUCUGUGAUGAGUGCAAUUGCAACGUGAAUGGGGGAGUUGCCGUUGGAAGCAAUGGUACGCCGCCGAGUUCCGGUGUCGGGACCAGUGCCGGGCAACCGGAACUGAAUGGCCUCUCGGCGAUCGAUCCCGCCAAUAGCAGUAGUAGUAGUAUUAGUAGUAGCGGAAAUUCUCAGAUAACCACUGUGGGCGUUCCACCGAUUGGGGCCAUUCUGCAGCAGCAGGGCGAUCAGGUCAGCAUAACCGAGGACGAGGACGGCUACUGCGAGAUUGAUGAAGUUCGAGCUGCAGCCGUGCUGUUGGAAUCUCAACGGGAAGCUGGAAAACUCAAAAAGGCGGAAGCGGAAGCUAAAGCAGCUGCAGCAGCAGCUGCGACUGCGGAUUCCUCUGCAACCCUUGACGAUAGCGGAGGGGGACCCAAGUCACCGGAUUCGCAUAUCGAAAUCAAUGAUAAUUAUGAUAGUACUCAGAAUCACCUGCAGCCUAAAUUCAUCGGAGUGGAUAUGUGCGGGAGGAAUCGGCUACUGCAUGCAUCGUCUCUGGUGCCAACCGUACCGUGCCAUUUAAUAGCGAGCUACGUGUCUGGUCUGAACGCGCAGAUUUCACAGCUAUUGCCAAAAAUUAGUGAACGAGACUUGGAGCGAGAACAAUUGAGACGGGAGAAUCAGCAGUUACGGGAACUACUGAAUGCAAUGCAUCAGGAGCGAGUUUUAGAAACACAGGAAACUACGGAAGCACCCGUACUGACUGACCCGGAACCAUCGGCACCGGAACAACCACCGCAACAGCAGGAGCCAUCCCUUCCACAACCGUCACCAGCCCCACUCCCGCCUUCGUCUGAAGCCGUUAUCGCCGUUAGCAAUGUAAAUGAGUGAAUUUUCCGAACCCUUUUCCCCCCAAAUCCCGACAUUGAGCUGUGACCAGAUCAUCAGAACGACAUCAUAUCCCUUGCGCCUGAACGUAUGCAGUCGCAGUGACCCAUUCCAGAUCACAAAUUUUGGCGAUCAAGCAUCAAAAACAAUUGAGCGGUGAUGCUUUCAACAAGUUAUGGACUAAAUGCCUUAACAACAAUCACAAUUGGCGUUGGUCGUAGUACUCGUCAUCUUCGCUGUAGCCGUUGCCAUGGCAGCGUACGUAAACGUGUGUUUUCCCAGGUUGCUUGUAGUGGAUUUACGGAAACGCACGCACGUAACACGGUAAAAAGAUAUCAUGCAAAAAAUAAUCAAAAGAUCACAAGCAAUUUUACCUUCUAGUAGGCAAAAGAAGAGAGCGAGGCCCAGAUCAUUGGGGAUUAUGAGAAAAAUUGAUUAGAAAAGUCGGAGAACGAUGUAGGAUUUAGAUAGGAACCGAGUCGAAUGAGUACACGCCGGAUUAAGUUUAACUUAUUACACAAAGUCCUCCCCAAAAUGUAUUUUUUUAGAUCAUCAAUGUUGUUUAUUUGUUCUAUUUUAUUUAGCUUUUUGUUUAUAGGCGAUUAAAAUGAUAAUUAAUAAAAAAAAUGGAACAUGCGAGAUAACAACAUAACCAACACAUGUGCAGUUAACUUUUUUAUUUACUAAUGAAACGAUUCCAAAAGUGACAGUUGUGUAUUUCUCGCCAAGUUUUACUCACUUUUGCUGUUAAGCUGUUUCGCUUACCCCUACAUUUCCACUUAGUUUUGAAAGGAGCAAACCGUGCACGAGUGAUUUUCUAUUUCGAUUUUUUUUGUGGAACGCAGAAACAAAAGUCAAUAUGAGCGUAGCAAAAAAAAAAUGGUUAUGUAAUUUAUCCAAAAUAUUGAUUGUUUGAUUUUUAAAGUGUACAAGAGAGAAAUGUGCGAAAAAUGUGAGAGAGCGAAAGCAAGAGAGUGUAUUCCGAAAGGAGCAAUUUAGAUUAUCGUGUAGAAAGGAUCUAUUAUUUAUUGUAUAUUUUCGCACCCAUCUCCCAAAAAAAUGCCCAUUUUCUUGUUCAUAAGGUCAUAACCAACAGAGACAUAUAUAUUGGUAAUAUUUCAGACAAAGAAAACCACUUAUAGGUACGAGAUAGGCCAGCCUAGGGCUGAAGAGCUACUUGAACUUCACUUAAAAGCAACCGCAUUCAGACAAAAGGAAAGCAAAACUCACAUAAAACAGCAAAACAAGCAACGGAAAAAUGUUGGAAACAGAUGCCAAUAGGAUGGUAGCAAGUUGUAAAUAGCAGCCUACAGAAAAAGAUAAGAAAAUACAUAAUUGCACUCAUUCAACGAAAACAGAAUAAUCCACAUAGAAGUAACCCACAAGCUUGAAAAGUGUGCAAAAAAAGUGGUACAUAGCGGCGAACCAAACAAAAACACAAAAAGUAGAUCACGGUGUUAAAAAGAGCAUUAGAUUGGACGAAAAAUUGGCA